CACACUCACGGCUGCUUCCAUCUAUCCAUGCAGUUCACUUCAUUGUACUGCCUGUGCUCAUCAAUUAGGCAAGAAUUAAGCCGUUUUAGAUGCAAUAAUUGUCUCUCGGCGCUUCGAAGAGGACUAUAAACCGAGGACAGAGGCGCAGAGAAGUUUUGAGUGCGAGAAAGCGGAGAGAAGCGACACACAGCCAUGCCCUCAGUGAUGGAGCGCUCGGGGGCCGGUGUCCUGUCCAGGAGCAGAGCCAAGACUGUAACCAACGGCAACAGCCAGCCGCACUCUGAAGAGGAGAGCAGCGAUGAAGAGCAUGCCCAUGACAGUAUGAUCAGAGUGGGAGGAGACUACCAGGCUCAGAUCCCAGAGUUCAAACCAGACAGUCCAACCCGCUACAAUGAGAAGGACCAGAGGAGCAUGUUGGUCUGGUGUCCCAACAGUCAGCUCUCUGAUGCAAUGUUGGAUGAGUACAUCCUGAUGGCUAAAGAGAAACACGGAUACAACAUGGAGCAGGCUCUGGGCAUGUUGUUAUGGCACAAGCACGACGUAGAGCGCUCGCUUGCCGACCUGGCAAACUUCACCCCCUUCCCAGAUGAGUGGACAGUGGAGGAUAAAGUGCUGUUUGAGCAGGCCUUCAGCUUCCACGGAAAGAGCUUCCACCGCAUCCAGCAGAUGCUUCCAGACAAGCUGAUCUCCAGCCUGGUGAAGUACUACUACAGCUGGAAGAAGACCAGGACCAGGACCUCUGUCAUGGACCGACAGGCCAGGAGGCUGGUCAGCAAGAGAGAGAAAGAUGACAGUAACGAUGAGAUUGAGGAAGGAGACCCUGGCAGUGACAGCGACUUUGAGAUUGACACCAAGAAAGAGGCAGUGAAACAGAACCCAAACAAUGCCAACCCUGACAAGGCAACCCCCAGUCGCUCUGGGCCGGUGAAGAAGGAAAAUAUCGGGGCUCAGUACCGCCACCACCCACUCAGAGCCCGCCGCAGGCCACCCAAAGGCAUGCACUUGGAGCAGGCAGACAUCAUGUCAGUGUCAGCCUCCCAUGAUGCCGGGGUGGUAACUAUACGACAGCUGGACACACAGUUGGUGUCACUCAAGAGACAGGUUCAGUCUAUCAAACAGAACAACAGUAGUUUGAAACAGGGCUUAAAUGAAGGCGUUGAAUCUUUCAAACCUGCUGAGCCUGCCCCUAAGAUGAACUCUCGUUGGACCACAGAGGAGCAGCUCCUGGCUGUGCAGGCUAUCCGUCGUUAUGGAAAAGAUUUCUCAGCCAUCGCUGAGGUGAUCGGGACCAAGACACCCGCUCAGGUGAGCUCGUUCUUCGUGAGCUACCGGCGCAGGUUCAACCUGGACGAAGUGCUGAGGGAGUGGGCGGCCGAGCAGGUGGCCACCAGCCGAGACCAGAGAGACCCCAGGAGGACCAGCGAGGAGAUGGCAGCUGCUACAGAUGGAGCCGCCGAGGAGGAUGAGGUCAAAAUGGAAGACUCUCCCUCGGACGUCGCCGGUGGCUCCUCUCCCCCCUCCUCCACCCAGACCCCCUCCUCUCUGUCCCAGCCUCCUCCGCUGCUGCGCCCUGCACCUCCCUCAGCUCCCCCUAGCCUCCUCCGUCAGCCUCCUCCUCUGCAGACGCGCCCGCUCCAGAACCGAGCGCCCCACAACCACCCUCCGCCUCCGCUCAUCCGGCCCGCGGUGACCACCUCAUCCUCCUCCACCGGGAGCUCCAGCCUCAGGGCUUCACCUCCCAGCUCCUCUUCUGCUGCAGGGCAGAUGCCUCCGUCGCUGGUUGGGCUCAAAGUGGAGCAGCCCAACUUGCACUGAUACACACACACACACACAAAUAUAUAACAGUAGGAAUAGAAACACACACAGAAACACACACACACAGAAAUUAGCAUGCAGACAAACAUACAAACACAACGCUUUCUCCUCAGAGAAAAUUCCUUCACCCUGUAACUCUGUCACUCCUAGUCUUUGUUCCUGGGACCAUCACACACCACAUGACCACAUGAUCCACUGCACACGCUAAGGUCCCAAAGGUGACAUCACAGCUCUUAAAAUGCAGAAAGAGUGAAAGGACCCCGGCCCCCCGCAGGUCCACUUAGUGAGGCAGUGGCCUGAAGCCCCUUUACUGUACUAACAAACACCUACCUCCAGACCAUUGUUCACUAGCACACACACACACACACACACACACACACACACACACACACAACAAACAAGCUAGGAACUCAAAACAAACACUACCUGCACACACACACCUCUCUGAACAACACAUAAAGAGACACUGGAUUGUCAAGCUGUUGAAGAAAGCCGUGACCACAGAGAGUGAAACCCACCUGCUCGUUUCCAUGGCAACUGCUGAACAUCUGGAUUGUGGAGGAGUGUGGUUGAACACACACACACACACACACACAUACUAUACAUAUAUAUAUAUAUAUAUAUCUACACUGUAGGUUCCACUGAGCAGGUAUCAAGUCAUCCAAACAACCUUCAGGAAAAUCAAAUAAUGAAAAGGCGAGGGCGACAGAGAAGAGUUUCCCACACGUGAGCCAAACCUGCUCCUCCUGAGAGGUCAUGUAGAUUAGAAAGUCAUUCAGAUGGAAGGAAACAAUGUGAAGAAGCAGGCCUUUUCCUACACAGCUUUAGUUUAAAAUCCUCAGAGGAGCGAAGAAGGUACUUUUGCAAAGAAACCAGGCUUUGUACUCGAAGCUGUGCUAUGAGUUUACCAUUAUGGCUUUGAAUAGUUGAAGCUGUUGGUUCAAAAAUGGAAAAAAAGAAGAGCGAGAGAUCACGUGUCUCCCUCUUAUCUCAUAGCCAUGUAUGACUAGUAUUAACUGGAGUGAUGUUUUCCCUUUUUUGACUAGACUUUUACUGCCCUAGGUAGGCAGUUAGUUAUUGUAAGUAGAUUAGAUAGUGUAUACUUUAUUAUGAUGAUGAUGAUUAUUGAUGAGCACUGAGGAGAAAGAGAGCCUUCAAACACAUGUGACUUUGACUUUGUCUCACAUUUCAAGAAGCCACAGCUUGUUUCUCAUUGGCUCAGUGUUGAAGUCCCACUGCUUACUGUCUCGUUACUUUGGAGGAAAGUUUUUAGUCGUCAACCGCUAACACCGGGCGCUGUGAAGAGCAGCUGAACAAAACAUCAGCCUCUGUGGAAAAUCUGCGUAGGGGGCAGAUUUUUAAAGCAGGUUUACAGAGUGAAGGGGACACCUUACCUUUCCUGACCUCCUACAGAUACACUGAAAAAUAGAAUAUUCUGCCAAAGUCUGCUAUUGCUUGAAAAGCUCAUUGUGAAGUGGUUUGCCUCCUGCAGGUUAGACAAAGGAAAAGUAGAAAAACAAAAGUUGUUUUUGAGAAAUAAUUCAGCAUGUUGGGCGUAUUUGCUUCCUUGCUUAGAGUUAGGCGAGAAGAUUGAUACCACUCGUGUCUGUGUGGCUCAUGUGAAGCCACCACUAGCAGCUGGCUAACUUAGCUUAGCACAAAGACUGGUAACAGGAUAAAAGCAUGACUGGCUCUUUCUGAAGAUGACAAAAUCCUUCUACUAGCUAAAACGCACUAAUUAUUAUAUCUUAAUUUCCGUUUUUUGUUUAUUUUGGACAUUUUCCUGGCAGGAACCAUUUACUUCCUGGAGCCUCUGUUGGUUGCUGAGCAGCUGGUUGCGACCAAGAAGUAGUCCGGCACUUAACCUCCUGUAAAACCCUGAUUUGUCAUUUUAACACUUUGGUUUAUAAAUGGAUUUAACAAGAUACAGCAUGUGGAGUAGUGACGGUUAGAUGUGCUUGUAGGUGGACUUUGUUACCUUUGGACAGAGCCAGGCUAGCUGUUUCUCUGUGUUUCCUGUCUUUAUGCUAAGCUAAGUUAGCCAGCUGUUAGCGGUAGCUUCAUAUUGAGAGUGGUAGUUAUCUCUCUGCAAGAAAGUGAAUAUUUACCAAAAUGUUGUACUAUUCAUUUAACACUUCUGUAGGAGAGCCAAACUAGCACAGGUCGGGGAAGAGGAUUCAAGGUCAGUGUUUUGUUACCCAGCAUGUCAGAGUAAUUUCAACAGUGAGUUAACAAAAGUGAAGACAACCCUGAGUUUAGUAAAGGCAGCAUUCUCUGAGUUAGGUUAAAGUCCUGUCCAGGCACAGAAGGAGGUCAGAGAGGUCAAAGUCAAUCUGAAAAGUUGAUUCAUUCAGCCAGUGUACUUUCAGGAUAUGCUGCUUUUCACUCAGCCACCAUACAGCUUUCUGCCUCUAGUUAAAUGACUGCUUAUGUUCAGGGCUCGGGGUGAUAUCGGCACCCUCAUGAACAAAUGACUGAAUGAUGUUCCGCUGUGCGUAUUUGUGAUUUCUUUUGAACGUCGUCUGCCAUACAGAAUCUUUCCUCUCUUCAUAGUCUAGUUGCCUGUGUAUCACUGCCGUUUCAAGCAGAUCUGGGAUCUCGAGUCGUGUAAACCUUUCUCUAAUCUGUUCAGUGCUUCUCCACUAAUUCAGGCCUUCAGUUCAACGCGGCACUGAGCAGGAAUCAAAGCGGCCCAUCACUACGUUUGGCUUUAAAGUGGCUUGCCUUUUGACUUUGCUUGGACUUGUUUUUCUUACAGUUGUUCCUCCCAAAACUGCUUGUGUGUACUGUAUGUGAGAAGUUGUUUACAUUGUGGAAACUGAACUGUUUGUGUUUGAGAAUUUUUUUUUUAGAAUAAAGAAAUGACCAAAUA